AUGGCAUCGGAGGCACUCUGUAAAGUGGGAGAUGGGAAGGAGGCCCUCCCGAAGACGGAAAGCAUCAACACCAUAAGUGCAUGCAAUCAACUGCCAAAGCCCUUCCCAAACCCCAAAUCCAUGAACAGGACUGUCACUUCCAAAGGCCUCCCGCUUUCCUCAAGAGGCAGCUUGGUUAACUUCUCGGAGGAAGAUACCAUCAAUCUACCGAAGCCAAUGCCAGUAGAGGAAUCUGAAUACAGCUCCGAUGACACCAGCAUCUCCCCCGUCUCCUCCACCUCACUGAACCCCAUCAAGCUGGCUGUGACCCAGCCCAACAGCAGCUUCUUCGCAGGGAUACUGGAGGGAGAGCUGAACAAACUCAACUUCUCCUCACUGGCCAAGAACACAGAAAAGGGAGACCUGGCCCUCUGCCCCCGUCAAUCUAGUACCCAGAUGGCCCCCGGGGGCUUGGUGGAUCUUGACAACCCUGAGCUGGACACAGAAACCUCCUCAACACACUCGGAGUCCUCUGUGAUCAUGGAUGUGCCAGAGGCCCCUUUCAUCUGUGAGCACACCGUCAGUGACUCCACAGCUGUGAUUUCCUGGACCUAUGCCUUGGGCAAGCAGCAGGUCAGUUUCUACCAGGUCCUGCUACAGGAGGUGGCCAAGGUAAAAGGCAAUGAGUUGUCCAAGGCAAAGAAUCGCCCAUGGAUCUUCAACAAGAUCCUGGGCACCACUGUCAAGCUGAUGGAGCUGAAGUCGAACACAUGUUACUACCUCACUGUCCGAGCAGCCAAUGCAGCAGGGGUGGGGAAGUGGUGCAAGCCCUAUAAGUUUGCAACUGUGGCCACUGACUUCAAGAGCUUCCCCGAGAACAACCCCAUCCAGAUCACCGUGCAGCGCAAGGAACCCCAGCGGAAAACUGUGUCCAUAGGGCUGGAGGAGAUGCGGAGGCUGGAGGACCUGGAAUACUUAUUUCCCUACUAA